GCUUUAUGGGAGCUCCUUUGGCGAAAUCCUACAGCUCAGCCUAAUCCUGCAGAGUCUGCCCCCAAUUCUUCUUCACCUAAGAGGCAGCCUGUUGAAAUUAUUCGAAAUAGGAUUGUCACUGUAUUCUCUGAGGUCCUCACACAGUUACAAGAUUGGAACAACAGACGUGAGUUUACUCCCCCCAGUGAUUUCCAUGUUCAAAUGGUUGCAGUUGAUGAUAACUUUAUUUCUCAGGCAGCAAUAAAAGCUCCUGUCUUAAUCCCGUUUGCUGACAGAGAAAAAAUAUUUACUGCACAACUAGCAGCAGUUAAACAACAGCAUCAGCGACAUGGAGAGGGAAAGCAUUUUAUAAUUCGCCGGGAUCAUUUUUGCAAAGAUGCUUGUAAUCAGAUGAGUGCAUUGUCUGAAGAGGAUCUACGAGGAUUGAUACGUGUAACUUUUGUCAAUGAAUUUGGAGCUCCAGAAGCUGGUGUUGAUGGGGGUGGAAUUUUCAGAGAUUUUAUGGAUGACAUCACUCGGGCUGCAUUUGAUUUGCAGUAUGGGUUGUUUAAGGAGACAGAUGAUCACCUUCUCUAUCCAAAUCCCAGAUCCAGAAUAACUGAUGACCAACACCUCCAAAAUUUCCAUAUCCUAGGAACUUUUCUAGCAAAGGCCAUGUAUGAAGGGAUUCUUGUAGAUUUACCAUUCGCUAAUUUCUUCCUUAGCAAAUUGAAACAAAAGUAAGGAUGGCUUUAUUCUCUAUGACUAUUGUUUUCCCUUUUAACUUUUUGUUACAAAUGAAAUGUGAACAAAAUUUAUAUUCUGGAAUAGAUAUAGGAAUGUAAAAGUUACUAGCCUGACACUUUGUAUCAACCUUUCUACUAGUUGCAACAAAGACUCCUUAAACAC